CGCAGUUUGAUGACAUCACAGUGAUAAAAUGGAUCGCAAACACAUGUCAGCUUUUGCCUUCUAUCGAGCUAUCCAACUAUCGGAAGACUUGCCACCCCCCGCUAAGAAAUGUUCAUUACAGGUGACCUCCAAGAAAAAGGAGAAUGGGGUUGCACCUGCUAAUGUUAACGCUGCUAAUCCUGCGCUGAAGGUGAAAAAGAGGAAAGCACGGAAGAGAGCCAAAAGUCAUGCAGCAGGGGAAAAAACAACACAGAGUAUCGCUGAUGUGAAGGGGUUGCAGGUGAAGGAGAGUGUAAAAGCAGGAGAGGAGGCCUUAAAUGUGUUACUGGAUGAGCUGGCGAGAAUGAACAACAGCAGGGAUCGUGCCAGCAAGCUUUUCCAGUGGCUGAUCAACCCCAUUCCCGCCAAGGCUUUCUUCAGAGAAACAUGGGAAAAGAAACCCAUUCUUGUUCAGCGUAAAAACACAGAUUACUACAAGGGAUUAUUCUCGACAGAAGAGUUUGAUCGCAUUCUUAGACAGGAGGAUGUUCAGUAUGGAGUCAAUCUAGAUGUCACAAGCUACACCAACGGCAAGAGGGAAACACACAACCCACCUGGGAGAGCUCUGCCAUUCACUGUGUGGGACUUCUAUGAGAAUGGCUGUUCCCUGCGUAUGCUGAAUCCUCAGGCUUUCUCCUCCCCCGUCUGGAAUGUGCUGUCCAUCCUGCAGGAAUAUUUUGGCAGCAUGGCAGGAGCCAACGUGUACCUGACACCGCCUGGAACGCAAGGAUUCGCGCCACAUUAUGACGACAUUGAGGCGUUUGUGAUUCAGCUGGAGGGAAAGAAGCACUGGAGGGUGUACAACCCAAGGUCAGAAGAUGAGGUCUUGCCUGUGCUUUCAAGCCCAAACUUUGACCAGGCAGAGAUCGGGAAACCCAUUCUGGAAGUGGUGCUGGAGGCAGGAGAUCUGCUCUACUUUCCUCGAGGAUUCAUCCACCAGGGCAACUGCCUGCCAGACGCACACUCCCUGCAUGUCACGGUUUCUUCCUACCAGAAGAACAGCUGGGGAGAUUUACUGCAGAAGCUCGUCCCGGCUGCACUUGAAGUAGCCAUGGAAGAGGAUGUGGAGUUCAGACAGGGUUUACCCUUGGAUUACCUUUCAUACAUGGGGGUGCAAAAUUCCGACAAGGAUGAUCCACGGAGGACCAAAUUCUUCUCCAAGAUCGAUAUUCUGAUAAGCAAGCUGAAAAGUUUUGCUCCAGUAGAUGCGGCUGUGGACCUCAAAGCCAGAGACUUCCUGCACGACUGCCUGCCUCCAAAGCUCACCACAGAGGAACUUGCCUGCAGUGUGCAUGGAGCACCUGCUAGGUGGGAGCACGGGAGAGUCAUGGAUGCGGGUGCACAUUUCACAAGCCAGACCCGGAUUCGGCUCAUUCGUGCAGGGUGUGCGAGGCUGUGCAGUGAUGGAGAUGCUGUCCGUCUUUACUACACGACGGACAACUGCAGAGUUUAUCACAAAGAGGAGAUGAAAAGUUUUGAAAUAAAACUCGACCACACAGAUGCCGUAGAGUUCCUGAUCCAUUCUUAUCCCAAAUUUGUGAGUGUAGGACAUGUCCCAUGUGAUUCGUCACAGGACAAGAUUUCUUUGGCAGAGCUGCUUUUUGAGAAGGGGAUUAUUCAGACUGCAAGACCUCUGUAGCUUUCAUUCAAAGACAACUAUGGAUAACCUCAGUGGUUCCCAAACUUCAACAAGUUGAUGCGUUACUUUUUUACCACAUGCGCAAAAUAUUAACUGUGAACUUAAACUGACAUCUUUUGUGCAUGAAUAUCACUAAAACGCCCAUACGGAACAAUCCACUGUUUCCUGUCUAGUGUCAGGUGUUUUUUUUUUUUUUUUAAAUAAAAACAAUCCUUGUCUUUGA